AGUGGCUUCCCGCCCCCUUCACUUUAUAAAGGCCCGGAGGCCAUGUGACUCCGCAAAGCUGCCCAGCCUGGGGAUACGGAACAGCUCUGCCCCAAACUCUGCUUUCCCUGCCAGGAGCUCAGACCAUGGGAGGCCCCCGCUGCAGUGCCUUUUUCAUCCUACAAGCACUGUGUGUCUUCCUGACUCUGUUGGACUCCCAGAACACCGUAGACGCUGUCCCCAAGGACUGUAUUAAGUGGUGCCCUCCGCACUCCAAGUGCAUCAGUGCCACUGCCUGCCGCUGCGAUCCAGGAUUCAGAUCUUCAACUGAGAUCAUCACCGACCCUAUGGACAGUUGUGAAGACAUCAAUGAGUGCGGACCACCCCCGAUAGUGUCUUGUGGAAGAUUUGCAGACUGCAAGAACACGGAGGGGAGCUACUACUGCACGUGCAACCCAGGAUAUGUGCUUGGUUCUGGGAAAAACACAUUCAGGAAUGAGAGUGAGAACUCGUGUCAAGAUGUGGAUGAGUGCAGCUCUGGGGAGCAUCAGUGCGACAACUCCACCUCCUGUGUCAAUACUCUGGGCUCAUAUAAGUGCUGUUGCCCCAGGGGCUGGGUGCCCAAACCUGGAUUCCAGAAUAGCCAAAAGACCACACAAUGUGAAAAGAUAUUCUCCAGGUGGACCAUGCCCCCUGGAAUCAAGAGCCAGAGUCUCUCCGGCUUCUUUGAAAGAGUCCAGAUUCUGGGCAGAGACAUCAAGUCAGCCUCGGCUCAGGACACCAUCGGGAAACUCAUUGAGUCAGUGGACGGGCUACUGGAAGUUCCCGGAGACCUGGAGGCCCUGACCCUACGUGACCAGCUCCGCACAGCCACCAACCUGCUGUCAGGACUCGAACAUGUCCUGAGGACUCUGGCCAAGACGAUGCUUACAGCCCCCUUCACCUACCAUUCCUCUGCGGACACAGAGCUGACCCUGAUGAUCCAGGAGCAAGGGAAUGAAAAUGUCACCAUGGGACAGACACAUGCACGGAUGAUGCUGAAGUGGUCUGAGGCAGCUGGAGAACGGGACUCGGGCCCCGUCAUGGCAGGCAUGCUCUCUAGUCAAAACAUGAAGAAAUUGUUGGCCAAGGCCUCCUUGAAGCUGGACCUCGAGAAGAAAAGCGAGCUGGAAAAAUUGCACGAAAGUACUGUCAGUGGGACCCAGUUCAGGUUCCUCUCUGCCAUCAACUCUGCCUUUCUGAGCAACACGAAGACGGAGAAACUAGAUUCCCCUGUCACCUUCGCCUUCUCCCACCUUCCAGCGACGCCUGGGCCACGGCAGGAGCUGAUCUGUGCCUUCUGGAAGGGUGACAAUGACAGUGGUGGGUACUGGACCACCACAGGCUGCCAGAAGCUGGGCAGCCUGAAUGGCAGCACCACCUGCCAGUGCAGCCACCUGAGCAGUUUUGCCAUCCUCAUGGCCCACUACGACAUUGAGGACCUGAAGCUGGCCCUGAUCACCAAGGUGGGACUGGCGCUGUCGCUGGUCUGCCUGCUGCUGUGCAUCCUCACCUUCCUGCUAGUACGGCCCAUCCAGGGCUCGCGCACCACGGUGCACCUGCACCUCUGCAUCUGCCUCUUUGUGGGCUCCGCCAUCUUCCUUGCGGGCAUCGAGAACCAGGGCGGCCAGGUGGGGACACGCUGUCGCCUGGUGGCUGGGCUACUGCAUUACUGCUUCCUGGCCGCUUUCUGCUGGAUGAGCCUCGAGGGCGCGGAGCUCUACAUCCUCGUGGUACGCGUGUUCCCUGGCCAGGGUCUGAGCAAGCCCUGGCUCUACCUGAUCGGCUACGGAGUGCCUGGGCUCAUUGUGGUCAUCUCGGCAGCCGUCAACAGCCAGGGCUAUGGCCGCGUCCUCUACUGCUGGCUGAACCCCGACCACGGCUUCCUCUGGAGCUUCCUGGGACCGGUGACCUUCAUCAUUUUGUGCAAUGCUGUCAUCUUCGUGAUAACAGUCUGGAAGCUCACGCAAAAGUUCUCUGAGAUCAACCCAGACAUGAAAAAAUUAAAGAAGGCGAGGGUGCUGACCAUCACCGCUGUGUCACAGCUCUUCCUGCUGGGCUGCACGUGGAUCUUCGGCCUGUUCCUCUUCGACCCGAAGAGCCAGGUGCUGGCCUACGCCUUCACCAUCCUCACCUGCCUACAGGGCUUCUUCCUCUUUGUGCUGCACUGCCUGCUCAACAAGAAGGUGAGGGAGGAGUACCGAAAGUGGGCCGGCAUGGUCACCAGGAACAAGUACUCAGAGUUCACCACAUCCACAUUGGGCUCCAGCCAUAAUCAGACUCGGGUCCUCAGGCCGUCAGAGUCUGGCAUGUGACCACAUGGUUCUGGCCAGGCCAGCAACUCCAGUGGCCUCAACAGCUUUUGCACAUGCUGAAGACUAUUCUCUCCUACUGCUCUGCUCCCUCUGCCCUCCCGCCCCCAUAUGCACCUUGGAGAGGGGGAGUUGACAGUUGUUGUCUGGCACCAAACCCCGGAACACAUAGAGUGGAGAGUCAUACCUGAUGGGCCUGCUUCUGCUGUACCCUGGCCAGGACCCAGAGUGGGCAAGAGCUGGCCCCUUGCCUUGGUACCCAACGCCUGGACUAAGGGCUCCUGUGUCCACUUGGCCUCCCACUCAUGUCUUUGCUAUGGAACGAGGGGCCAGGGUACUUGGGUUUAACUUUCCAGUUAAGCUAAGACUGAGGUUGGGGUGGACGGGCAGGGCCCCUCCCGGCCCCAUUGCCCGUGACUCAUGGUACAGAGGCCCAUCUGCCCCUUGGGCAGAGGGUUCUCACUGUUUUGAAUGUGAUGGAUGUUAUGUAACGUUUUGUAAAUCUGUAUAAACUUUCAAUGUUCACACUUAAAA